AUGACCCGCGAAGACGCACCUCCAGCCUUUAACCUCACCGACGUCGAUCGUCAGGUCCUUGCACAGACCGACGAGGAAUUUGUCCUCCAUGACUGGGAAGAUCUCAAGGCGAUCAUCGCCCGGAAUGAUCUCGGAAUUCUAAAGCGGAAACCCUCCGAUCUCAAACGCUAUCUCGCCUGGACAGCCGACAUCAAAGCCCAAUAUGGCACAAUCACAAACUACAUCUGUCAGCGCCGGUUAGGCUGGCACCUCCCGGACCCUGACACCACCACUACCACCGGCGCCACAACAGACAGUGGGGCGGUCUUCCCCUUCAGAAACCCGAUCCCCUUUGCCGAUCCCGCCGACUACAAGAUUCUCCGCAACGACUGGCCCUACGGCGUCACCCCGGAUAUCAACCAUCUCGUCGUGUGGCUGCGGACUCCUGUCCCUGUGAAACCGGAGAAUGGGGACGUGACUGACGAGUCCCGCGCGCUAAUUGAGGAUUUCGUGCAGCGCACUUUUGUCGCGCGGCUUGCGCAGGAGGGGAACUUGAAGCUUUCGGAUCCAAAGGCGAAUGUCCUCUGGUUUAAGAACUGGACUGCGUUGCAGAGUGUGCGCAGCUUGGAGCAUAUGCAUGUUCUGGUGAGGGGGGUUCCUGAGCAUAUUUUGCAGGAGUGGACUGGAGAACCUUUGAAAAAUUAG